UGUUCUCCUGUCUUGUCUGUCUCCCUGUCAUGCCCAUCCCCUGCAGCCUGCCUGCUCCAGGCCGAGCUGGUGAAUUAUGAGCGAGUCAAGGAGUACUGCCUCAAAGUGCUUCAGAAAGAAGGCGAGAACUUCAAGGCGCUCUAUCGAUCGGGAGUGGCAUUUUACCACCUGGGUGACUUCAACAAGGCCCUCUACUACCUGAAAGAGGCAAGAUCUCGCCAGCCGACAGAUACCAAUGUCAUACGAUAUAUCCAGCUGACAGAGAUGAAGCUCAGCAGAUGUUCCCAGAGAGAGAAAGAAGCCUUGUGAAGAUGAAGCUGCUUCAGCUGAAGUGCCCAAGGGGGAACAUUUCCUUCCUAGAAGCUCAUUUGGUGGAUUUUCCUGUUUGCUCUGCCUCAUCCUCAUCUCAUCCAUCCACUCUCCCUUGCUCUUCAUUGAAUCCCAAGUUUUGAAAACAAAGAGACUUAGACGCUGGAUAUGGCUGCUUGCCAACCAUGGUAAUACCCCUUCCCUGUGACAGGAGAGCACAACGGCUACAGCCAGCCUUGUUCCAAGACAGUGUCACACACCUGGAGUAGGCAAUGCUGGGGGACCUCUCUGGUCCUGAGCUGACUGUCUAUCAUCUGUUAGGGAAGCAACCCCUGGAACAACUUCCUGACCAAGCAAAUUGGAGACAAACAGUUUCUGCUUUGAGAGAUCACUAGAGCUUGUAACAGCUAAGAAACCAAGAGAGCCACUGGUCAUUUCCAGGGGAUAGCAAAUGCCUUCUUACCAUCAGCUCCCUCUGCCUGCUUUUCCAGUGUGUGUUAUUGGUCUCCAGUGAGAGCUCACAUGCUCCCAGUCUAAUGCCAGUGAAAACUGUUUCUAAACAUCCUCUUAAUGAAAGCACAGAGCACCCUAUGAACCCCCCUGCAGAGCUGUCCCGGUGCCGGAGGAGAAGGCUGUGGGCUGCCACAGAAUGCUGAACGGACUAUGAAAGCGUGGUGUACAGUGUGAGGGAAAAACUGUGAAAUAAUUCAUUAAAGGCAAAUAAAAAUUAUUAAUAGGCAACAAGUCCAGGCAUUGCUUUUCAAAGGGACCUCUUGGAUUCCCCGUGUUCAGACAACAUUGUCUAGUGUGGGGCAGCAUGGGGUGGGGGACAAGGGCCGUCUCUCCAUUCCUAUCUUGGCUCUGCCAAUGCCUUGCUGUGUGAUCUUGGGCAAGUCACUUAGCCUCUCUGUGCCUCGGUUUCCCCAUCUGUACACUGGGGAUAAUACUUCCCUACCUCGCAGGGGUGUUGUGAGGAUGUAUUAGUUAAUGUUUGUAAGUAACAGUACAGUGGUGUACAGUGCUAAGUAUUAUUAGUACAUUGGAUGGAGGUCUUGAUUCUCCCAC